CCACUCUCCUUUGAGAGACGGGAGCCACCGAUGUUUUUUUUUUUUUUUUUUUAGUUCCUGGAAGUUCCUCCUCAGCCCCUGCUUGGUUUCCCCCGCCACCUCCGGACACCCCCCAGGUCCCUAACUGUUCCAGACUCUAACCAUGAACCUUCAACGUCUGUUGUUGCGCUUUCCGGGUUAUCUGGGGGCCUUGGGCCCCCCACGUCGCCUGUGGCGGUUCCCAUCCCUCGACACUAUCUCCCCGGUGGGACCCUGGCGUGGUCAGUCCUCCAGGUCCCCAGCCCACUGGAACCAGGUGGUGUCAGAGGCUGAGAAGAUCGUGGGCUAUCCCACAUCCUUCAUGAGCCUCCGCUGCCUGCUGAGCGACGAGCUCAGCAACAUCGCAAUGCAGGUGCGGAAGCUGGUGGGAACUCAGCACCCUCUGCUUACCACUGCCAGGCACCUGUCGUCUUCUGCCACAUGCCUAUCAAAUCUAAUUGCAGCUUCGGGAGGACUUUGGGGACUUGUGCAUGACAGCCGCCAUAACCUCCAGUUGAGGGGCUUGGUGGUGCUGCUUAUUUCGAAAGCAGCUGGGCCCAGCGGAGUGAACACUUCACAGAACUAUGACACAGUCAGUGGGAUCUACUCAUGUCAAAGAAGUUUGGCAGAGAUCACAGAACUUAUCCAUACUGCUCUCCUUGUACAUCGUGGGAUAGUAAAUUUAAAUGAAUUGCAGUCUUCUGAUGGACCACUGAAAGACAUGCAAUUCGGAAAUAAAAUAGCUAUCCUAAGUGGAGACUUCCUUCUAGCAAAUGCCUGCAAUGGACUAGCCCUGCUACAGAACACCAAGGUUGUGGAACUUUUAGCAAGUGCUCUUAUGGACUUGGUACAAGGAGUAUACCAUGAAAAUUCUACUUCAGCCACGGGAAAUUAUAUCACAGAUGAUAUUGGAAUAUCAACUUGGAAGGAGCAGACUUUUCUCUCCCAUGGUGCCUUACUAGCAAAGAGCUGCCAAGCUGCGAUGGAAUUAGCAAAGCAUGAUGCUGAGGUUCAGGAUAUGGCAUUUCAGUAUGGGAAGCACAUGGCCAUGAGUCAUAAGAUAAAUUCUGACCUCCAGCCUUUUAUUAAAGAAAAGACCAGUGACUGUGUGACUUUUCAUCUAAACUCAGCUCCAGUAGUUUUACAUCAGGAGUUUCUUGGAAGAGAUUUGUGGAUUAAGCAGAUCGAAGAGGCUCAAGAAAAAGGAAGAUUAAACUAUGCUAAGGUAGGUAGAUUUUUAUACAUGCUAUAUAGUUUUAUGCAUUUCUAUUUGGUGUUUGCGUUCCACGCAGAUAUCCCGUGGGUUUAUGUUGGUGGCGUGUGUGGGAACGCGCAUGCUUCUGAAGCUUUCGUCCUUAACCUCAAACGUAAAAACUUCGGGUUGCAAGUAGAAGGCAGAUUUUUAGCUCUUAAGGCUUACAACCGAGGCGGCCAACCCGCUGGGGGAGUGGCCAGAGCCAGGGUUUCCCAGCGCCGGGGUCGCUCUCCCGCGUCCCGCCGGACUCCAUGCCCGCUCCGCGGGACCGAAGGGGGCACAGCGCCCCGAUGUCUUUGUGCUGGCCGCGGCGCGGGAAGACCGGGCCGGGUGUCCAGAGCCACGGCCGAAAUGCAAAAAAUUCGGGAGAAGUGCGGACCCGAGCGUGAAGACGUUUCCUACUGUUGUCGUCCCGCGGGGGAAAAAAGUAGAAGGAGGCAUUUCGGGCUAAACUGUGGAGUCUGA